AUGGCUCUAUUUAUUAUGUUUUACUACAGUAUAAUGUUAAUUUGCUAUAAUUUUAGUUAUUGCACAUCAGAAAAUAUGAGCAGUUAUAAACUGUUAUCAAAUACACCAACAACUAAGUAUUGCCCGUUGGAUUUAAAAAAUAUAUACAGAAUUUAUGAAAAGCAUCCUGAUCAGUCAGAAAUAUCAAUUUGUUGUGCAAGUAGAAUAAGUAAUAGAUUUAUGUUAACUGAGAAGGUUUGCGUAAAAAAAUUUGAUCCACAAUUUAUCAAAGUUCAAAGUUGUAACAAAAUAAUCAAGUAUCAUGUGCAAGCUUUAUACACACCACAGUCUGAAAAUAAGACUCAUGGAGUGUUAUUGAUUGAAAUCAAUGGAAUCCCUGAUACAUUCUUUAAUAAAACAACAAAUUAUUACAACACAUUUUUUAUCGAAAAUAAUGACAAUCUCUGGGAAAAAAAGCAAUGCACAAUCUAUGGCACGAGUAUUAAAUCAUCAAAGAGAAUGACUUUAAAUUAUUAUGAAAAAUGGAUAACAGUAUCAAACAAUACCGUUACUGUUACUAGAAAGUGUCAAGACACUGUUGAUGGCAAUAAUAAAUGGAUGUGUCCCAUAAGACAAGAUGUGCAAUUUUGUGAAGAGGAUAUAGGUUGUCCGAUGAUGUGUGACAAUAAAUUAAUUGGAAUCGCCAGUCAAAGAUAUAAUUGGAGGACAUGGGCCGUGGGCAAGGAUUGUGGAAAUUUAGAUGUGGAGAUCAGAUAUUUAUUUUUAAAUCGAGAAUAUGUAAAUUGGAUAAAACAAAUCAUUGGAGCAAAUCCUUAG